UCUCAUAACCCAACUAUAAGCAGCCUUAGCUUCUCCCAUUACACAUUCAAUCAUCAUGGCUGCAACAUAUCUUCCACAAAUGUUUUCAAUGGCAAUAAUCAUACUUCCACUUCUAGCUUUGUGUCUCCUUCCUCAACAUGCACAAGCCGAAACUAGGCACUAUGAGUUCAAUGUCACCAUGCAAAAUGUGACUCGACUGUGCCACACAAAGAGCAUUGUUACAGUCAAUGGCAAAUUUCCUGGACCUCCAAUUCUAGCCAGGGAGGGCGACCGCCUAUUAAUAAAAGUCAAUAAUCACGUUGCUAAUAAUAUUUCAAUUCACUGGCAUGGGAUUAGACAACUUCGUAGUGGAUGGGCAGAUGGACCAGCAUACAUAACGCAAUGUCCCAUUCAAACUGGUCAAAGCUAUGUGUAUAACUUCACCAUUGUUGGCCAAAGAGGGACUUUAUUUUGGCAUGCACAUAUCUCUUGGCUUAGAGCAACACUCCAUGGUCCUAUUAUUAUCCUCCCAAAAAAAAAUGUUUCUUACCCAUUCGUCAAACCCUACAAGGAAGUACCCAUCAUUUUUGGUGAAUGGUUCAAUGCUGAUACUGAGGCCAUAAUUAGCCAAGCUUUACAAACGGGUGGAGGUCCAAAUGUCUCUGAUGCCUAUACCAUCAAUGGGCUUCCUGGACCUUUGUACAAUUGCUCUGCAAAAGAUACAUUCAAGCUGAAGGUGAAGCCUGGGAAAACAUAUCUUCUUCGCAUGAUCAACGCCGCACUCAAUGAUGAGCUUUUCUUCAGCAUUGCAAACCACAGUCUCACAGUAGUCGACGCCGACGCAGUUUACGUCAAACCUUUCGAGACCGACACAAUUCUUAUAUCGCCAGGCCAGACCACAAAUGUUUUACUAAAGACCAAACCUGAAUUCCCAGGUGCCACAUUUCUCAUGACAGCCAGGCCGUAUGUGACAGGCCAAGGAACAUUCGAUAACUCCACCGUUGCCGCCAUUCUCGAAUACGAAUCUCCGCUUCUUCAUUCCACUGUCUCAAUGAAGAAACUCCCGAUGUUUAAACCAAUUUUGCCAGCCCUAAAUGACACUUCUUUUGCCUCCAACUUUUCCAAGAAAUUGCGCAGUCUUGAUAGUCCUUCGUACCCUGCUAAGGUGCCACAAACUGUGGAUAAACAUUUGUUUUUCACAGUGGGGCUUGGGACGAACCCUUGCGACAAAAACCAAACCUGCCAGGGCCCUAAUGGAACCAAAUUUGCUGCUUCAAUUAACAACAUAUCUUUUGUUCAACCUACCACCGCGCUUCUUCAGGCGCAUUUCUCCGGCCAAUCUAACCAUGUUUAUAGCCCAUACUUUCCAGUUAGUCCCUUGAACUGGUUUAAUUACACUGGAAAUCCUCCCAACAACACUAUGGUUAGCUAUGGAACAAAAGUUAUGGUUUUGAAUUAUAACACCAGUGUUGAGUUGGUGUUGCAAGAUACCAGCAUUCUUGGCGCGGAGAGCCACCCUCUUCAUCUUCAUGGCUUCAACUUUUUCGUGGUCGGACAAGGUUUCGGAAACUUUGACCAGACAAAGGACCCAAAGAAUUUUAACCUUGUUGAUCCCGUUGAAAGAAACACCAUUGGUGUCCCCGCUGGUGGUUGGGUAGCUAUUCGAUUCUUGGCUGAUAAUCCAGGUGUGUGGUUCAUGCAUUGCCACUUGGAAGUGCAUACAAGCUGGGGUUUGAAGAUGGCAUGGCUUGUGUUGGAUGGAAAACUUCCCAACCAGAAGCUCCUUCCUCCUCCAUCUGAUCUACCAAAAUGCUGAUCUCAUCACUUUGCCGCAUUGUUAUUAAUGGAUCGGAGUAUUCUUAAUUUCUUCGCAGAUAUAUGAGUUUUAUUUCAUUCUCUUCGGACGAGCCUGCAGUUUCAUUCCUGUUUUGUUUUGUUUUGUUUUUUGGUUUUCGUAACAGCUGACUAACUAUAAUUUUCAAAUUUAUCAGCUCCUGUAUUAUUGACCGUGUUUAUAAUGUUGGUUAUAUAUUGAAUAAUGUUUAAUGCAAACGAGUAGUUGCAUUUACAGUUACAAGUCAA